AUGGCGCCCGAGAAGAUGAAUAUCUCUCCCUCCAACCGCUCCUCCCCCAAAUAUGUCAAGCAACGCCAGUCGUCCGAUCCAUGUAAGUAGAACUUCACGUCGCUCCUCCGACGCGCUACAAGACUAAUCACACCAAAGUCCGCAAACAAAAGCAAAGAAACCGCCACUCAUAUGUCAUGUCACCCGCAGCAUCAUCCCUACCCACCGAAGGCCGUCUAGGACAAAACAUCUACGGUAUGAUACCCCCAGUACCAUCUGGCCAGAGCAUCUUCACCAUGAGCUCGAUGGCAAUGGAAGUCGACGAUCUCUCACCCGCAAUAACCGAGACCUACGAGACAGAAAAGGCCUUCGCGGUUCCUGUCGCAAAGCCUAAGAACCAAGAGGUUAAGCUUGUCAAGUUGCCUCGAGAGUUGAAAGCACAGCAGAGCCGUGAGAACUCUGGACGGCGGAGCAGAAACACAAAGUCCUUGACGACCGGGGACCCAGAAUCCGCUCAUGACGCAGACGUGGAAUGGGAGGAAGAGGCAAUGGGACAGGAAGCGAAGAAGAAAGAGCGGAUACGUAGCUUGGCAUGUCUGGAGGGUGCGCGCGAUCCCUUGAUUUUGGACGCCGACUUCAAUUCCCCAGCUUCUCAUAAGUCAGCGAACGGAAAGCCCGAAAAGACUUCCGUCUUCGCGGAGACAAAGUACUAUCAGUUAUGGGUCGAACAAAAAAUGCAGACCGAACUGCGGAAAGACAUCCAGAAGUCCGCUUGCGAGGAAGCAGCCCGCGAGCAAGCUCGAGCAGAUGCCGCCGAAGCUCUACUAAAGACCGAAAAGGAACGGGUUGAUAAAGAGGAAGCGCGUGCGAAUGCUGCGGUGAGAGAGGUUGUUCAAGCUGCCUUGCGCGUUUCGGAACUCCAGACUCGUGUUGCGGAAUUGGAAAAGGUGUUGGAGCAGUCUGGAAAUGUUCCGCGGAGAACUCAGGAUGUUGGCCGUCCCAUUGCUAAGCCUCGUGGUAAAGGAUGGUUCUUCUCCUCUGGAAACUAG